AUGCCAACAAGUUUCAUUCUCUACAACAUUGCUAAAGCGAAUAUGCUAUCCUAUAUAUUCAUUGUGCUACUUCUUACUUGCUCCUGUCUAGCCAAUCGAAAGCAAGCAGUAGGUGUUAAAGGUCGUCUUAUGUGCGAUGAUAAACCGGCAGCAAGAGUGAGCGUGAAGUUGUGGGAAGAAGAUCACGGAACAGACCGCGACGACCUGCUGGAUCAGGCUGUGACUGAUGACAAUGGUAAUUUUAAACUUCAGGGCUACGACACCGAAGCAACGGAUAUUGAGCCGGUCUUCAAAAUAUACCAUGACUGCGAUAACGCAAUACUGCCUGGGAAAAGAAAGGUGAAGUUUUUGAUUCCCUAUCAAUACAUCUACAACGGUACAUCUCCUAAAAAGCUAUUCGACAUUGGGCUGUUGAAUCUUGAAACAAUAUUCCCCAAAGAAGAGCGGAAGUUAGCUGGUUUUAGCGAAAUGCGUUAUGCACCAGGACUGGCUAAUGCUCAAUGCCGUAUGGCCCUACAACGAUCGAAUCCGUAG